AACUCUGCAGUUUUUGAAGGAGUUGGCAGAGUCUCCUGCAGGGAUCGCAUCAGUCUCAGUGGGGGGAAAACUCUGCCGUGCAAGGGGAGGUUUUAAAAAAAACAAAACAAAGAAAAAGGGGAAAAAAAUAAGGUUUCUCUAGUUUCUGCAGACUUGUCUUGAGAAGUGAUUUAGAGAUGCAGAGCUGCGCCAAGUCCUGGGGGAUUUUCUUGGCCAAGUCGGUGAAUCCCAGCGCACCAUGCAGGCAUCUGAGUGACAAGAGCCGCGUGGUUUGGAAACUUCAGUGCAGGAUCCGAACCAGCGGUGCAUCCUCCACAACAGCAGCCCGAGGUCUGAGGACGUCCGCAGCCGUCUCCUCCAGGCAGAUCGAGAGGAUAUUACCCAGACACGAUGAUUUUGCAGAGAGGCACAUUGGUCCAGGUGAGAGGGAGAAGAGAGAAAUGCUGGAUGCUCUGGGAGUCGAGUCUCUCGAACAGUUGAUCGACAACACAGUCCCGUCCUCCAUCCGAAUGCAGAGGAGUAUGAAAAUGGAUGACCCAAUCUGUGAGAGUGAUGUUCUGGACACUCUACAGAAGAUUGCAUCAAAAAACAAAGUAUGGAGGUCCUACAUCGGAAUGGGCUACUACAACUGCAUGGUACCACCGCCCAUCCAACGUAAUCUCCUGGAGAAUUCAGGCUGGGUGACUCAGUACACACCCUACCAGCCCGAGGUCUCUCAAGGUCGGCUGGAGUCGCUUCUCAACUACCAGACCAUGAUCUGUGACAUCACUGGCAUGCCUAUGGCCAACGCCUCCCUGCUCGACGAGGGAACGGCUGCUGCUGAGGCCAUGCAGCUCUGCCACAGACAGAACAAAAGAAGAACCUUCUACAUUGACCCACGCUGCCAUCCCCAGACCAUUGCUGUGGUGCAGACCAGAGCCAACUAUAUCGGGGUGAAGACGGUGCUGAAGCUUCCUCAUGAGAUGGACUUCAGCGGGAAAGACGUGAGCGGUGUGCUCUUCCAGUACCCAGACACUGAUGGCAGGGUGGAAGAUUUCACAGCUCUUGUGGACCGGGCGCACCAGGGAGGGGCUCUGGCUUGCUGUGCCACAGAUCUGUUGGCCCUCUGUGUUCUGCGUCCUCCUGGGGAGUUUGGCGUUGAUAUCGCACUGGGCAGCUCCCAGAGGUUUGGGGUUCCUCUCUGCUACGGUGGGCCCCACGCUGCCUUCUUCGCUGUCAAAGACAGCCUGAUCCGGAUGAUGCCUGGAAGAAUGGUUGGAGUCACCAGGGAUGCAGCUGGUAAGGAGGUUUAUCGGCUUGCUUUGCAGACCAGAGAGCAGCACAUUCGCAGAGACAAAGCAACCAGCAACAUCUGCACUGCACAGGCUCUGCUGGCCAACAUGGCUGCUAUGUUUGCGCUGUAUCAUGGUCCUCAGGGACUGAAACACAUUGCUGAGAGGACACACAAUGCUGCUCUGAUCCUUGCCGAAGGUCUGAAGAGAGCGGGACACCGGCUGCACAGUGAGAUGUUCUUUGAUACUCUGAAGAUCAACUGUAGCGUGGCAGCCAAAGACAUCCUUGAAAGAGCCGUGCAGAGGGAGAUUAACCUGAGGGUUUACACUGAGGGAGUGUUGGGUGUCUCUCUGGAUGAGAUGGUGACUGAGAGGGACUUGGAUGACUUGCUCUGGGUCUUUGGUUGUGAAUCUUCAGCAGAGCUGAUCGCUGAGAAGAUGGGUGAGCGAGUGAAGGGGAUCAUGGGAAGUCCUUUCAAGAGGACGAGCAAGUACCUGACGCACCAGGUCUUUAACAGUUAUCACUCUGAGACCAACAUUGUGCGGUACAUGAAGCGCCUGGAGAACAAGGACAUUUCCCUGGUGCACAGCAUGAUACCUCUGGGCUCCUGCACCAUGAAGCUAAACAGCUCUUCAGAGCUCAUGCCAAUCACCUGGAGGGAGUUUGCAAACAUCCACCCCUUUGUGCCUCUGGAUCAGGCUGAUGGCUACCAGAUGCUCUUCAAACAGCUGGAGAAGGACCUCUGUGAAGUGACGGGCUAUGAUCGUAUCUCCUUCCAGCCAAAUAGUGGUGCUCAGGGAGAAUACGCUGGCCUGGCGGCCAUAAAAGCCUACCUGAACUCAAAGGGAGAGAAUGCAAGAACUGUCUGUCUGAUCCCCAAGUCAGCCCACGGCACCAACCCAGCGAGCGCUCAGAUGGCUGGCAUGAAGGUUCAGGUGGUGGAGGUGGACAAGGACGGCAACAUCGACAUGGCACACCUCAAGGCGCUGGUGGAUAAACACAAGGCGAGUCUGGCAGCCAUGAUGGUCACCUACCCUUCCACCUUUGGUGUGUUUGAGGAGCAGAUCGGAGACGUAUGUGAGCUUAUUCACAAGAACGGAGGCCAGGUGUACCUGGAUGGGGCCAACAUGAACGCCCAGGUUGGUCUGUGUCGUCCUGGAGAUUACGGCUCUGACGUGUCUCAUCUCAACCUGCACAAAACCUUCUGUAUUCCUCAUGGUGGAGGAGGACCUGGCAUGGGGCCAAUUGGAGUGAAGGCACACCUCGCCCCCUUCCUGCCGAGCCACCCUGUAGUUCCCAUGCAUGCAGUCAACAUGGGCAGCUCGCUGGGCACCAUCAGCGCCGCCCCCUGGGGCUCCAGCGCCAUCCUGACAAUCUCCUGGGCUUACAUCAAGAUGAUGGGAUCCAAAGGACUUCUUCACGCUACAGAAGUGGCCAUCCUCAAUGCCAACUACAUGGCCAAGAGGCUGGAAAGUCACUUUAAGAUCCUCUUCAGAGGCAGGAAAGGUUUUGUAGCCCACGAGUUCAUUCUGGAUGUGAGGCCAUUCAAGAAGACGGCCAAUAUUGAGGCUGUCGACGUGGCCAAGAGGCUGCAAGAAGAUUAA